UUUGCCGUUCUUCUGAGAGAAGCCAAUGACAUCUUCUUGGGCGCGGCCGGAUGACCAAUAGAAAAGACAAAAUGGGAAUGGAAGAAGCGGGUCAGGAGAGAAAACCAAUAAGAGGCUGAGGCGGGACUUCGCGGGGCAGUGAACCAAUAGGACUGGCCGAGAGGAGAUAAGGCCUGGAGGGGGUGGAGGCGGAUAGAGGAGUGUCGGCGGACAUAGACAUCUACGGCUUGCUCGGGAGCGCCUGUGUCAGUUGGGAGCUGCGACAGGGAGCUUGGCGGAAGCAGCUUAUUUUGACAAGAGGGUUGCAACAGUCUGCCAGCUGGCACAAUGGACAUCUUCAACAGGAACAUUAAUUUUGAUGCCAUCUUCAAAUUCUCCCACAUCUCCACAUCAACUCAGCAGCACCUGAAGAAGGUUUAUGCUAGCUUUGCACUAUGCAUGUUUGUAGCAGCAGCUGGUGCCUACAUCAACCUGGUAACUCAGCUGGUGCAGUUUGGACUGCUGACUAGUCUGGGAGCUCUUGGCCUUAUGAUCUGGCUGAUGGCCACACCCCACAGCCGGAAAACGGAACAGAAACGAUUGGGCAUUCUGGCAGGCUUUGCCUUCCUCUCUGGAGUUAACCUAGGACCUCUGCUGAAGAUGGUCAUUGCCAUCAACCCCAGCAUCAUCCCAACUGCUUUCCUGGGCACAGCUGUGAUCUUCAGUUGCUUCUCCCUGAGUGCCCUCUUUGCUAAGCGCCGUGCCUACCUGUACUUGGGAGGUUUUCUGUUCUCUGGCCUCUUUCUGAUGCUCUUUUUAUCGCUGAUCAAUAUGUUUGUGGGCUCCACCUGGCUUUUCACAGCUAACCUCUACAUUGGACUCAUGAUCAUGUGUGGCUUUGUGCUGUUUGACACUCAGCUCAUCAUUGAGAAGGCUGAGAGGGGUGACGGGGACUAUAUCUGGCACUGUGUGGAUCUCUUCCUGGAUUUCAUCAGCAUCUUCCGAGAGCUCAUGACCAUCUUGGGCAUGAAUGAGAGCAACAAGAAAAAGAAAGAGAAGUGAAGGAACCAUGGACACCUAUAUGGAGUCCCCUUUUCUCUCCCCCUCCCCUGCCUCUUUCUUGCUUCCAUUCAACCUGACUUGUAUUAAAGGUGCCAGCAUUGUUCGGUGUGAAUGAGAUCUGUGACACUUUCAUACUUUGUAGAAACUGGAUUUUUUCCCCCUUGGUUUUGAGGUUGUUUUUUUUUUUUUAAAUUAACAGACUGACCCUCAUGCUGGAGUCUGGCUUUUCCCCUCUGCUGUACCAACAGGCAUACUCUUCAGGGACUGUCAUUCAUCCCCUGCUGCUUUAGAUGGCAUCGGACAGUUUCAGUCCCCCUCUCUCUCCCUCCACCCACAUAGUACAAUGAAAACAGGUGAGGGGGGCAACAGCAGACGUUGCUGGUGCAGGAGAGUUUCUUCUACCACUAAAAUUUAACAGCUUGCCUGAAAACAAAUCAAGCUGGUUUGCAUGGCUGUUCAAUAAGUCUGGGGUCGUUCAGGCAGCUUCCCUGUGAGGCUGUGCAGAAUGGAGAGGCAAAGCCCCAGCUGCUGAUUGGGAAGAACUCCCUUGGCGGUCCAUCAGAGCUGGGAGGUAGUGCUUACUUUCCCUAUUUUUGCAUAGUUCUGCUGCUGGGUAGCAAACCCCCUCCCCCCAUUGUCCAAUUGAGACAGGGUUGUCAAAAAUGCGUUCUGCCUAAAUUGUACCCUGAAUAUUUCCAACCUCCAGAUCCAAGCACUUUGAUUUGCUCUGCAGUUGGGACUCUGGAAUUCAAGCCCAGCAGAGUUCAGGGGACAACAGUGAAACUUGCUGAAAGCAUGAGAUCUGGCUAUUGUAACAGUGUCAGCCUGACUGCCCUUUUGUUUUCAGCAUUUGGGAACAUAGCUCUGGGAGUGAACCCUAAGGGUAGGAGGCAGCUGACCACUGUAUAGUGCAUUCUGCAUAUUAAGGUAGAAUCUACACCUUCAGCAUUAGUACAGCUCUGUGCACAAGCUUGUUAAGUUUUCUCAGCAGGGAGGCAGAUACUGUUUCUUUUUGCCCCUUGGCACCUGAAGCCAGAUUCCAACUCUGCUUGCUUGGGAUAAUGGAGUGUUUUUUUCCCCUUCUCCCUCCCCCUUCCCUCGGACCAGUGCCAAGAAGUAAAUUCUUCAUGAAAUCUACUUUAUAGAUACCUUGUCUAACAGGUUUUAAUAUAGUAAUGAGUAAACUCUGUCGUUAUUGGAUUUCCAGUUCUGGCUGCAUUCUUUACUCAUACUGUGAAGAGACAGGGUUUUAAAAGAAAAGGUGUUUGAUUCAGAAAUGUAUCUACAUUGUCUUACUUUGUACAAAAAGAUUACAAUAAAAAUCCUCAAACUUUAA